AAAGCAUCAUGGAGAUUAUUAAAAUAACAGUUUGGCUGCUGUGGUCCGUCGCAUCGAGCGUGCUAGGAUUAGCGAAAGCCAAACAAUCUCACAUGCACGAGAACCCGUCGGAUUUCAAUACCGAGGCCAACUUUCCGCGGUUUGCAGAACCGAUCCCAAACAUCACGGUCACGAUAGGACGUGACGCAUUGCUGGCCUGUGUGGUGGAUAAUCUGAAAGGAUACAAGGUGGCCUGGGUGCGAGUGGACACGCAAACCAUCCUCUCGAUUCACCACAACGUGAUAACGCAGAACCCACGCAUUAGCCUCACCUAUAACGACCACCGAUCCUGGUAUCUGCACAUCCGGGAGGUGGAGGAAAGUGACCGGGGCUGGUACAUGUGCCAGGUGAACACCGAUCCCAUGAGAUCUCGCAAGGGCUACCUGCAGGUUGUCGUACCACCGGCAAUCAUUGAAUCGAUGACCAGCAACGACAUGGUGGUGCGCGAGGGCACCAACGUAACGCUGAACUGCAAGGCGAAAGGAUUCCCAGAACCAUACGUAAUGUGGCGACGAGAGGAUGGAGACGAGAUGGCCAUCGGAGGCGAGAAUGUAAAUGUUGUUGAUGGUGAAAUUCUACACAUCACCAAAGUCAGUAGACUUCAUAUGGCUGCGUACCUGUGCGUUGCAUCGAAUGGAGUACCGCCCUCGAUCAGUAAACGAGUGCAGCUAAGGGUGCAAUUUCCGCCAAUGCUCUCCAUCCCGAACCAGCUGGAGGGCGCAUACGUCGGACAGGAUGUUGUGCUCGAAUGCCACACGGAGGCGUACCCGGCAUCAAUCAAUUACUGGACGACAGAGCGUGGUGAUAUGAUAAUUUCCGAUACUUCCCGUACGGGCGAUAAGUUCGAAACGAUGUCCCGCAACACCGGCUACACGAAGUAUAUGAGUCUGAAGAUUCGCAACGUCGGACCGGCGGAUUUUGGGUCGUAUCGAUGCGUGGCGAAAAACUCAUUAGGCGAAACCGACGGACUAAUCAAAUUGGACGAAAUACCGGCCCCGACGACAAUAUUGACGACCGAAUCACUUUAUAACAAUCGAUCAAAAGGACGUAAGGCAAACAAAAAGCACGACCCAAUGAUGGUGGGUGACUACGGCGUCGAGGAAUGGAAAGAGAACGGACCUUCGAUUCGACAUCCUCCCGGGGCGUUUCACAAUGGUGCAGCGACAACGUCACCCACCGCAGGACCGUGCAUUCGAACGGCAGCAACCUACUGCUGUGUUCUCUUCCUGCUGCAGCUACUGUGCGCGCCCGGUUCCCACCACCAUUACCAUCGGCAGCCAAGAUGAAAGUGAAACCACCAUCCACAACUCCAUCCGCGGCACGUUAUUUAAGAAGUCAUCGUCGU